CUGGCUCCCCUCUGCCAGUCCCGAGCGCGUCUCUUAUCAAAGGCACACACUAGCGGCAUUGAGUCAUAGCAUUAUCAUGGGGACUGUUUGCUUUUCGGGGCACUUCUGUUUGGUCUUCGCGCUCUUAUCUACUGGCAGGUUUGCGGGAGGCAACGGGGUCCCAGAUGCUGAUGAAUGUGCAGAAGGGACAGAUGAUUGCCACAUUGAUGCAAUAUGUCAAAAUACACCUAAAUCCUACAAAUGCAUCUGUAAACCUGGUUAUAAAGGAGAAGGGAAACAAUGUGAAGACAUUGAUGAGUGCGAAAAUGACUUCUACAAUGGAGGUUGUGUCCAUGAGUGCAUCAACAUUCCAGGCAACUACAGGUGUACAUGCUAUGAUGGGUUCAUGUUGGCCCAUGACGGUCACAACUGUCUUGAUGUUGAUGAGUGUCUGGAUAACAAUGGAGGAUGCCAACAGAUUUGUGUGAACACAAUGGGAAGUUAUGAAUGUCAAUGCAAGGAGGGUUUUUUCCUGAGUGAUAACCAGCACACCUGUAUUCACCGCUCCAAUGAGGGUAUGAACUGUAUGAACAAAGAUCACGGGUGUGCACAUAUCUGCCGGGAGACGCCCAAAGGUGGGGUUGCCUGUGAAUGUAGGCCUGGCUUUGAGCUUGCCAAAAACCAGAAGGACUGCAAAUUAACCUGUAACUAUGGAAAUGGAGGCUGCCAACACACCUGUGAUGACACAGAUACUGGUCCUGUGUGUGGUUGUCAUCAGAAGUAUGCCCUACAUUCAGAUGGCCGAACAUGUAUUGAGAAGGAUGAGGCUGCAAUUGAGAGUUCUGAGUACAAUGCCACGUCAGUAGCUGAUGUGGACAAGCGGGUGAAACGGCGGCUACUUAUGGAAACAUGUGCUGUCAAUAAUGGAGGCUGUGACCGUACUUGCAAGGAUACAGCGACAGGAGUACGUUGCAGUUGCCCAGUUGGAUUUACCCUGCAGCCUGAUGGGAAAACAUGCAAAGACAUUGAUGAGUGCUUGGUAAACAAUGGUGGCUGUGACCAUUUCUGCCGAAAUACGGUUGGUAGCUUUGAAUGCAGCUGCCAGAAGGGCUAUAAACUGCUAACAGAUGAACGAACCUGCCAAGAUAUAGAUGAGUGCUCAUUCGAAAGGACUUGUGACCAUACCUGCAUCAACUACCCAGGAAGUUUUGAAUGUCUCUGUCACAAAGGCUACACCUUGUAUGGCAUGACACACUGUGGAGAUGUCGAUGAAUGCAGUAUCAACAAUGGUAGUUGUGACUAUGGGUGCAUUAAUACAAUGGGGAGCUAUGAGUGUGUCUGUCCACCUGGAAAGAAGCUACACUGGAAUAAAAAAGACUGUGUUGAGAUGGUGAAAUGCCUCCCAAAUGCCAAACCGGCUCCUAAGGCUCAACUUGUCUGCAGUAAAUCAGGGGGAAUUGAGAGCUGCUUUUUGUCAUGUCCUUCCAAUACACUUUUUGUUCCAGAUUCAGAGAAUAGUUAUACACUGAGCUGUGGAGUGCCAGUACAGCAAGGCAAAGCCCAACAGAAACGCAAUGUGACGCUUCCCAGUUGUGCAGAUUCAUUAGCCCCACCAAUCAAGCAGAAAGCUCGGUUUAAAAUUAAAGAUGCAAAAUGCCAUUUACGGCCACGCAGCAAAGAAAAGAUUAAAGAUGCUGGGAAGCACGCUGUUACAGGAGGUCAAUUCCCUUGUACAGACAACUGCCAGGUGACCUUUGUGAACCUCAAGUGUGAUUCCUCCAAGAAAAAACGUCGGGGCCGUAAGUCACCAUCGAAAGAAGUGUCCCAUAUCACAGCCGAAUUCGAAGUAGAGAUGAAGUCUGAAGAAGUCUCAGACACCUGUAACCUGGACUGUGUGCGGAAAAGGAUGGAGCAGAAGCUACAAACUGCAAUCAAAACAUUGAGGAAAUCUAUUAACAAACAGCAAUUUUACAUUCAGUUUUCUGGGACAGAGUACGAAGUGGCUCAUAAGCCAGCUAAGGCUACUGAAGGACAUGAAGCAUGUAGUACAGGACAAGUGCUGCAGGAUGGAAAAUGCAUUACCUGCAGCAUGGGCACCUAUUAUAGUGGAGAACAUAAUCAGUGCAUUCCUUGCUCGCCAGGAACAUACCAAGACACAGAAGGUCAACUGACUUGUGAACCGUGCCCAAGUAAUGAUGGACAGGGAAUAGCAGGCGCACGGAAUGUGUCAGAAUGUGGAGGGCAGUGUUCUCCUGGGUAUUUCUCUUCAGAUGGCUUUAAACCUUGCAGAGUAUGCUCUCUUGGUACAUAUCAACCAGAGCCAGGCAGAACCCUUUGCUUUCCAUGUGGUGGAGGACUGGUGACAAAAUAUGAAGGCGCUGUUUCUUUUCAGGACUGUGAAACAAAAGUUCACUGUUCUCCUGGCCACUACUACAAUUCUACAACACACAGAUGUAUCAGGUGUCCUGUUGGAACCUACCAGCCUGAAUUUGGUCAGAAUUACUGCAUUAGCUGCCCUGGGAAUACAAGUACAGAUUUUGAUGGUUCUACUAAUGUUACACAUUGUAAAAACCAGCACUGUGGAGGGGAACUUGGAGAUUAUACUGGCUAUAUCGAGUCUCCCAAUUACCCUGGUGAUUACCCAGCUAAUGUGGAAUGCAUUUGGAAUAUAAAUCCACCCCCAAAGAGGAGAAUACUCAUUGUGGUUCCUGAGAUAUUUCUUCCCAUUGAAGACGAGUGUGGUGAUGUUUUAGUAAUGAGAAAAAGUGCAUCCCCUACAUCAAUUACCACAUAUGAAACAUGUCAGACUUAUGAGAGACCAAUAGCAUUUACCUCCAGAUCGCGAAAGCUAUGGAUUCAGUUCAAAUCAAAUGAGGGAAACAGUGGUAAAGGAUUUCAAGUCCCAUAUGUGACAUACGAUGAGGAUUAUCAACAGCUGAUAGAAGACAUUGUUCGAGAUGGACGAUUAUACGCAUCAGAAAAUCAUCAAGAAAUUCUAAAAGACAAGAAAUUGAUCAAAGCCCUAUUUGACGUUCUGGCACAUCCUCAAAACUAUUUCAAGUACACAGCACAAGAGUCGAAGGAGAUGUUCCCAAGAUCAUUUAUAAAGCUACUGCGAUCAAAAGUUUCCAGAUUUCUACGACCAUACAAAUAGUUUCCUAGUAAUAUUCAAUUUGGGGUUAUUUUGCAUUCUUGUCACAUAUUGUAUUUUCCUCCACAGUAGAACAUUUGCUCAUUGGAAGGCUAUUUUUUGCAGUCUUUACUUUCAAUUAUAUAUUGAAGAAUAACUAUAAUGUUUUAUAAUUGUUAAAAGGCAAUAUGCUGAAUGGGCUUUUUUAACUUCAAAGAAGAAUACUUGUGGAUCCUUGAGUGCAUCCAAUUGAAGAUCCAGAUUUGUGUCUGCACUAGUAUGUCUUCAUGUUUCAUUGAAAAUGUUCAUUUUAGAAAAUAUAUUUUCUAGCAAAAAUAGUUUUCUUCUAAGCAAAGAAGAAACCUGUUCAACCUGUUAAAGAAACUACCUGCAACUAAGUUUUGUGAUAGAAAAGAGUAUGUAGCAUAAAUACUAUUUGGAUUUUGAAUUGCACUUGAACUUUAUAUUUGACAUUUUAGGUAAAAAAAACAAAAAAAUCUAAAUUUUCUUAUUUCCCAUUUGUGGUUUUGUGAAGACUUUGUUCUAGUAUAAACCAAAAAAAAAAAAAAAGAAAUGGAUGUAUAAUUUUGUUUUAUGGAUUAUACAUGAUUGAAUCCCAUGCCCUACCUGUUUUAUCUGCCCUAUUAUAGCCUUCUUCAAAGGUCUACCACUACCUGUCCUGCUGUAGAUACAGUCAUGGAUUUUGGAUGCCAUUUGGUCUCUUUGAAGACUAUCACAAUAGGGUGGAUGAGAAACAAAGAACAAAAAGUAGUAGUCCGUUUUUCUUUUCCUUAUUAGAGCAUCUAAUUAAGUACAAUAUAUAAAUAUAUAAAUAUAUACUUCUAUUUGUGGGUACAUUAGUAAUAUUAUCUUUAGUUACUGUAAAUACUACUCAUUCUUAAACCUCUACUCCCACACACAGUAUUUACUUGCAUCUAUUUGUGACUUCACUUAGAUGAUUAAAUAACUUCUCCAUGUGCUUGUAAAUUCUGUUUAUCUCAAAAUGAAGUCUCUUUAAAUUUUAUGAUACAAGGAAAGAUUAGCUUUCACUUAACAGUCUUCAAGCUUAAUUUAUGACAGAUAUUAGUUAAUGUAGAAUUCAUUAUUUUGCUCAUUAGUUUACAGUGUCUCAUUCAGCAGGUGGGUCCUGUUCUUGCUCCUUAUUCAGGUACUCCUUACAUCCUAGUCAAUGGGAAUUACUCCUGAUAAAAGAGCACUGAAUAGGAGGAUCACAGGAUAAAUUAACUUUUACAUUAGAUUUCCCAUCUCUAAAUCAUUAUAUAAAUAUACCUCUUGUAAAAGCCAUAUUUCUAAAGGGGAAAACAGAAAUUAUUUUUUUUGCAAUCCAUUUAUAAUAUUUUUUAAUUAAUUAAAUAUACAUUAGUAGUCUGAUUCUGCAUUCCUUGCACUCCCAAAACUCCCAUUUACUUUAGUAUCAGAUUUAUACUCAAAAUACCCAAAUCAGACUAGGGGCCCAUCUUGUCUCUGGCAGCAACAAGUACCAGAUGCAUAUGAAGAAGGUACAAGAAUCCUGUAAUCCCAUCAGUUCACUGAUAUAAUGGGAUUUCAGUGAGAGAUUGUAUAUUUUUGUUAGCACCACAGACACUUCAUUUUUCAGUUCUUCGAAAUCUUGGAUGUGUACCACCUGGAGCCUCAUGAUUUGUUUAAUUUACUGGGGAGGUUCACCACCUUCCCCUUGGUUCCUCAUCUUUAUUACCUAAAGAGAUAGGUAUCCCUAUCCACCAUCCCUUGUGAUGAAGACUCAGGCAGAUAAAUCAUGGUGAGUCUUUGCUUCUCCUCUGCUCCCUUAUCUUCCUGAUAAUCCAACACACUUAUGAAUGCUCUCAAAAACUUUGUGCUUCUGAUAUAUACUUUAAAGCUGUUUUAUGCUAAUUUAUAUGCACAUUUUUAUGUCUGGCUAAUCACUCUUGAAACUCCCAUUUUGCUUUCCUAAUUUCCAAUUUAAAUUUUACUGGCAAUAGUUUCUGUUCCUUUCUCCGGGUUACAGCUGAGCUUGAUUUCCAUUUCCUGAAAGGUACCCAGUUGGUUGGAAAAUCUUUUUUAAUCUGGCCAUUUAGCCAUUUGAGGGAUGGGGGAGAUGCCUUCUUUCCUAUUGGUUCUGCUUUAGUGUGCUAAAAUUGUCCCCUCACUAAUUUUAAGUUCAUUUUUUUAUUAAAGAGCCUUUUGAGUUGCUUCCUUUUUUUAAAGGAAGGUCCUUCUUUGCAAUUGAAUGUUACCAAACAUGCUAGCUUUCAGUAAGAUCCCUUCUUCAAGAAUGUUGAACCUAUUUUUUUUUAAAUGAUCGCUUGCCUAGAAGGAGUCCAAGGGUGGUUGUUACAAGGGAUGAACAAUCAGUGCUUAGCCUAAAGCAUCUGUAGAAUGGAAAAACAUGUAAUGUGUUUUUUAGUAAAAACACUUAUAAUUACACAAUAGACUGCAGUGGAUAAUAGAAGAAUCUAUAUAUAGAUGAUAAAUAUGCAUGUAUAAAUAUGAAAGCUCAAAUACGACAAAGAAACAUAGUACUUCAGAGUGAUGUGAACAUUGCAAAAGUGUCCCAGGUGUUAUCCAAAAUGGUUGAAUUGGUCACGACAGCAAGCCAAUUUAAAACUACUGAAAAACUGAAAUUCUCAAAAGACGACACACAAUUUAAAGAAAUAACAUAAUGAUUACCUGGCAGUUGGACAUUGUUCUCUGAACUUUCAAACUGCAUUUGUCAGUCAAAGGAAGUAAGUCUGGGUCUAAUGCUGCAAGCAAAAAAAAAAAACAGCUUGGACAUUACAAGUAUGUAGCUGAUAUACUGAAUGUUUCUUGUAGAGUAUAUAUAGAAAAUCAUACAUUUCCCCUUAGAAAUGUGAAGACAGAUGUGCAAAUUUCUAAUGAAAAACAGUUAGCAUCAAGUGGUAGUUUCUUGUAGCUAAUGGUUUUCAUAAACACUUAAUAUUUCACUUAUAUAAGUAAAAAUUUCUAUUAAAAAUCCCCUUCCAAAAGUAUUAUAUGAACUUCAGAGCUGUGUAAGUGCUUUUAAAAAACAGGUUGGUGAGUUAUACUGGCAGAAACUGUUAUUCACCAAAUAGAAUAUGGUGCCAUAUUAAUUUCAGUUAAGCUUCUGGUUUGUAGAUGUUAGUGUUUCCAUUGAUAGUGUCACAGAACGAUAUGACAAUUUGUCAGAACAUAUCUCCAUUCAGUAAUAGCAGCAAAGCAAGAAAUUUCUUGUUUUGCAGGUGGAGAUAAGCUAUCAAACUUCUGAGACUCAAAGCACAUGGGACAAAUUGGGGCAUUAAUUAUGCGUCCCUCUUUGUGAGAGAGGCACUUUCAUGAUACCAAAAAUAAAGAUAUUCCAAAUUGCAAGUUGAAUAUGUACAAAAAAAGGUAGGUCUUUAACCUAAAUUGACAAUAUUGCAUCUAAAUCUAGUACAACAAAAUAAUUUUCUAUUUAUGGCUUCACGUUACUACAGGGUAAUUGAAAAGGUAUUACUUUGUGAUGACCUAAUUCCAUAUCCAUAAAUUAGCUCUUUCAAUUUGAAAAUGUUCCUAUGUUUGAAAACUAAACACCAGUAGCACUUAUUUUUUGAAAUCUCUCCUCCUAUCCUAUAUCCUGCACUUACUGUUUUGAGACAUGGUAGUGAAUCAUCCCUAAAUGUUCUUCAUCUCCUACAAAAAUGACAGACAGAGCAUACUUUCUGUGAUCUUGUAGACUGCACUAAUUAGAAGUUGCUGGAUAUAAUGAUUGUGGCAUUAUUAUUUUCUGAUGGGUAAUAACUGCUAUGGUGUAGGCAUGUGGGUUUAAUUUGAAUACAACCAGAAGCAGGGCACUAAAUUCAAUGAGGCAGAUCAUCAGCUGAGCAUUGCAUUCAGUGGAGUUAUGACAAUUUACACCAGCUGAUGUAAAUUGCCAACUCAGUAAGACUGCCAUGUUCAAUGUUUGAUCUGUUCCUUCAUCCUACCAUCAAUCUCUACUUUCCUCCAUCAUACAUACACAAGUUGCUUGUAUGCAAACAACCUCUCUCUCUAUAACACUUUUUGUUUUUCAAUUUUUUUUGUUUAGUUUUGCCCCAGAGAGUAAAGUCAAAUAUACUCUGUAGUAUAAUUAUUGGGGAUGUGCCCAAACCACAAGAACACCAUCAAAUUUUGAGAAAGCUUCGAAUUUGAAGCUGAUGCUGUAAUUUGCCAUUCGUUCCAAAUCCUCUAAGUCUGAAGAAAAGUCCUGUAUUUGAACUUCCAAAACUUUAGAAAUUUUGAUUCCAGAACUGGACAUUAUGCCUGUUGUAUAUGUCCAGUAAUUAUGUAUUGAUAGGAAUGAUUGUGCUAUCAGAAGAUGAUGUACUUUUAUUUAUUAACUCUGUCAUACAUCCUCUCUAGGCAUGGAAAAACAUGACAUACAAAGUCUCUUCUCCAUGAGCAGGCAGGAUGUACAUCUGACAGACUGUACUUCCAAAAGGCUGUUAGUGAGUCCUUAACUACUGAUGUGGAUUGGCAGAAAAAAUUGAGGAGCUUUAUAUGAAAAGCAUCCUGUUUCUACACUGAAUCUUAGUGAGAGAGCCAUAUGCUGCAAUCAUGAAAUUCUUUGGUAAUUUAGUCCAUUUAUACCAGCUGCCACAGUGAAUGUUAUUUUUCCCUCAUCGGUGAGACAAUUACUGGAAAAUAUGUAUAUCUGUGAAAGAUUCCAAACCUUGGACUUUAAACAGGAUCAAGACCAUUUCUAUGAGCUACAAAUCAAUAUUCUACAAAUCAUGCAUUUAAUUUAGACUGACACAAUACUGAAGAAAGGAACUGUGAAAAGGCACUGGUCUUCUCUCUUACUAAUUUUACACCAGGGUAACAUCACUGAUUUAGUGAAUUUACUUCUGUUUUACACUGGCUUAAAUGAGAAGAGAAUUGAGCCCAGAAUAUUCAGAGUGUCUACAGUCUGAUUUAUUAGAUGACCUUUAAUGAGCAUGGUUAAUUUUUCAGUCCUAUGUCAUGCAAGUAGAACUAAAAAGAAGUAAUAUUAAUGCCAUGUGAGCAAAUUAUCCAAAAUUAAACGUCCAAACUAAAAAGGUUCCCUUGUUUAUUUACCCAAGAUAUUUAAUUUAUUGUUUCAGUCAUUUUUAUAAAUAAUCCAGGACUCACUACCAUGAAAAUAAUCUUUUAAGAGUGAAAGCAACAUUGUGGUUCAUAGUCUACCCGAACUGCUAAAAUAACUGGUCUUUGACUUUGCUGUUGUCUGGAUUCUGACUAACUUUUAAUGAUCUUUUUUUUUUUUUUUAAAUCUGGGAUGAAAUCCUGACCCCUUUGAAUUCAAUGGCAAAGAUCCCAUUGAUUUCAAUGGAGCUAAAAAGCCAGACCUGAAGAUAUAAUUACACAUAUUAGUGUAAUGGUUUCUUCUAACUGCUGUUUUUUUCAGUUUAAACUAUCAUUUGAUGGGAAUGUCAUUAACUGCGAAAAUUCUAUAAAAUCUCAGUACAUUGAGACUUUUUAUACUUAGUUUUCUAGGAUAAGAGAAUGUUGUAAGCACUUGGAAAAAAAAGGAAAAACUUUUGUCUUCCACUAGAAUAAUUUUUGGAAGAAGGGAAAUUACUGUAAAAUAAUAUGACUUUAUUCCUCAAUUUUGGGUUGAGAUGCAAAAAAAAAAAAACCUCCUCUCUUGGUCUCUAUUUUUUGUCAUCACAUUUUCCAUUUGAAUGAAAUGUACAGGAAGAUUAACUCUUUAAGGCAAAGAAUUGUUAUCUAAGUAUCUGAAUAUAUACAAUUCCAGUUUACUAUUUCAUUUAUUUAUUCUGUUUCUACAAUUAGAUAUUAAUCUAUAAAAUUAAUGUGUAAUAUACAACAAUAAAAAUGUACAGUGGUACCCUUAGCUGUAAUAAUUUAAACAAUCUGUAUUCAGAAAGUUGAGAUAACAAGUUUAAAUACAUAGAAACCAUUGCAAGUAGGUUUCAACUGAACUUUUGCUUAUGUAUAGCACUGAUUUUACUUUUAAAGACAAUAACUAUAAGUAGCACUGUAUGAUAUUUUAGGAAUAUUCAAUGCAUUGUAUUUUAAAUUAGUGUAGUAAAGGAGUAAUUUUAAUUUAACACUUUAACAGUUUUUUAAUCAGUGACUGUAGCUUCAUACUUCCACAAAAUACACAGAAGUGUGUACUCCAAGAAAGACAGUUGAAUUUCUCAUUGCAAAAUAAACUUCCAUAUUUAGGAAAACAACAAACAGCUAUGCUCAACAAAAUUUUAUUUUAAUAAAAAACGUAUUGUUCUUUUGGGUUUUUUCAUUAUUUUGCAUUGUAAACCCUUUUUUUUAAAUGUAUUUUGUAAAUAUUUUUGUGCAUUUUAUAUCUUGGGAAUACUGCUAGUUUGCAUUGCUAGUGGUGAUUACUGAAAUGUGAUGAUUAAAAUGUUACAUUAGGGCCUGGGUAGCAUUUAGUCAGUUGCAAGAUUCAUUUCUACAGGUAAUUAGUCUGUUAUUCCAGCAGUCUCCCAGGGAUUAUAACGAAUGCUCUCUAGGACAAUGCAGCCUGCUAGUUGUGGUAGCAGAGAUCAUCAAUUACCAUUCUAAAGUGCUUACUAUUUUCUUAACAUAAAGGAAAUGUAUGUUAAAGUUAACAUUAGCUCCUAUUAUCUUAUUGGGAUACAGAGGAAAAUAAAAUCCAGAAACAAAAAGGGGAUUCAAAACAUUAUGCCCAAUAUAGUACAGAGAUCAGGAAAAGUAGUAGUUUGACUUGGUUGCCAUGGAAAUGGUAAAACUACACAUUGAUCCUGAUCUUGGAGUCUGUAACCAGGCAAAACUGCCACUAAGGUAAGUGAGAGUUUUGCCUGAUUAAAGUCAACUAUAUCUUUUAUAUGUUAAACGGGAACUUCUGUUAGGCUAGAUCUUGGGAAGGGGAGAGGAAUGAUUGGUAAAGAUACUGGUUUAUGUACCGUUUUGCUGUUUAUAGAUCACUGGGCAUGUGAAAUUAUUUGAACUAAACCCUUGUAGAUGCUGCUGGUGAGGCGAAGGUUUAUUACCUAUGUAAAUUAUGUACAAACAGCUAUUUCCAUAUGAAUUGUACCAUGUUAGUUAGAGCAAAGAUAGUGAAUAAAUGUACAAAGUUUGAUACUUAGAAAUAAAAUACAGUGGUCUGAGCUUUGCCAACAUUUUAACAAAACUGCCAGAUUUAGUAGUAGAAAACGAUGAUGUAAAUGUAUCUUAUCUGACGCUACAUUACCCUUUGCCUCUGUAUACCAGUAGCUUUGUUUACCAGGUCAAAGCUCAAAAUGAAGCAUGUAAUAAAACUUUUGCUAGACUCACUUUCAUAAUAAACACAAAAUGGAAUACA